ACAGUGUUUACAACUUAUACCUAUUUAUUUUCUUUAAAACUAGUAAUAAUUUAAUGUAGAGUGGUUUAUUUAUAGAUAAAAAUGGAUCUAUUAUUGUUACUAUGGACAUUGCUACUUUAUGGACUCCUUUUAGGUGUAAUUCUUCUAUUAUUGCUUUCCAUUGUCCUUCUGCUAGUAACAAACCCGUACCCAAUGAUAGAGCGUUCCAAAGAGGAGGAAAGUUUUGUAGAUGCCAAAACUGGGAAACACCAGAAGUUUCCUACAUUGAGUGAUAAACACAGUGUUAACUUGAGUGUUGUCGUCCCAGCUUAUAAUGAAGAACAAAGAUUGCCACCAAUGCUAGAUGAGACACUUGAAUUUCUUGAGGCAAGAUUGAAAGAAUAUCCAGAUUACAAAUAUGAAAUAAUUGUUGUGAGCGAUGGAAGUAAAGACAAAACUGUUGAAGUAACUCAGUCAUAUGCUCAACAAUAUGGAUCUGACAAAGUUCGGUGCCUCAACUUAGUAACAAAUCGAGGGAAAGGUGGAGCUGUAAGAUUAGGUGUCCAAAGUGCAAGAGGUGCCCUGAUCCUAUUUGCUGAUGCUGAUGGUGCUUCAAAAUUUGAGGAUCUAACAAAGUUAGAGGAAAGUCUCAAAGAGACUGUGAAUGUCAAUCCACUGACCCAACCAGGAGAUGUAGCUAACAGCAUAGCGCUUGUUAUAGGAUCUAGAGCUCAUCUCGAGAAGGAAUCAUUGGCUACACGAAGCUUGUUUAGAAAUAUAUUAAUGUAUGGCUUCCACUUUCUCGUUUGGAUUUUCACUGUGAAGGGAAUAAAGGACACCCAGUGUGGAUUCAAACUGUUUACCAGAAAAUCUGCUGAUAUUUGCUUCCAAAGCCUUCAUGUAAAUAGAUGGGCAUUUGACGUUGAACUCCUGUACAUAGCACAAAAACUUAACAUUCCAAUUAAAGAGAUUCCAGUGAGAUGGACUGAAAUUGAGGGCUCAAAGGUGACUCCAAUACUGUCAUGGGUGCAGAUGGGAUGUGAUCUCGGCCUCAUAUGGCUAAAAUACAAGAUUGGCGCAUGGAAAAUUAAAUGUAACAAAACAGAUUAGGUGCAUUUAUCUAUUUAAGCAUAAUCUUAUUUACUUACUUACAAUUUUACUAUUAAAUGCUGCCUUUUAUGUCUUAA